AUGCGCCUCUCCUCCUCCCCACCUCGUGGCCAGCAGCAGCCCUCCAGCUUUGGCUCUGUGGACUGGCUCUCCCAGAGCAGCUGCUCAGGGUUGACCCCCACCCCCAGGCCUGCCGACGUCUCCCCGGCGAGCCUCCCUGGCCCGGGCCGGGAGCCCCCUCAGGCCAUCAGCAUCAAGGAGGCCGCCACGUCCUCAGAUCUGCCUGCGCCGGAGAGGACCGUGGCUGGAUUGAGUAAGGAGCCAAAUACCUUGCGGGGCCCCCGUGUCCGCACAGCCUUCACCACGGAGCAGGUCCGCACCUUGGAGGGCGUCUUCCAGCACCACCAGUACCUGAGCCCUCUUGAGCGGAAGAGGCUGGCCAGGGAGAUGCAGCUUUCAGAGGUCCAGAUAAAAACCUGGUUUCAGAAUCGCCGGAUGAAACACAAACGGCAAAUGCAAGAACCGCCGCCAAACAGCCCCUUCCUGGGGUCUCUCCACGUGCCCCCAGCUUUCCACUCCCCGUCUUCUGGCCUUGCCAAUGGCCUGCAGCUGCUGUGCCCUUGGGCACCCCUGCCUGGGCCCCAGGCUCUGAUGCUGCCCCCUGGCUCCUUCUGGGGUCUCUGCCAAGUGGAACAAGAGGCCCUGGCGUCUGCGGGGGCUUCCUGCUGCAGGCAACCUCUGGCGCACCACCCCCCAACCCCAGGAAGUGGCCUGCCUGCACCGGGACCAGCCCUGCCCACGGGGCCCUGGGGCCUGUGCGCUCUGCCGGAGACAGGGGAUGCCUUUUGAGGAAG